GACUCCUCAGCGGACCCAGUCGCCAAAGUCAGGGCGGCCUGCGCUCGCGGGUGUGCGCAGGCGCGUGCUCCCUUGCGUGUGCACGUUCGUCCUUGCGUCCCGGGCACGCUUCGCCGGCGCGCGCACGUCCCCUGCGGCGCGCGCACGUGUCCCUCAGGAACGCUCCCCGGGCGCCAUGGCGGGAAGAGGGUGUGAGGAUGGUGGUUGUUGUGGCUCCAUGAAGGACUGGUGGCUCCCUCUGGGAUGGAAGACACCUGAGGAGCCCUUAGUGGGGCUAAUGAAGUGCCGAGGCGAGAGAGCAGGGUGCUUGCCCAUAGUCAGUACCAGCAGUCGAAAAGGAUCUCCAUCUUUCUGAGCAUGCCGGAUGAAAUUGAAACGGAGGAGAUCAUCAAGGAUAUUUUCCGGCAAGGGAAAACCUGCUUUAUCCCUCGCUACCGAUUCCAGAGCAAUCACAUGGAUAUGGUGAAACUGGAAUCACUGGAAGAAAUUUCCUUACUUCCCAAAACAUCGUGGAACAUCCAUCAGCCCAGUGAGAGUGAUGCCCGGGAGGAGGCCUUGUCGACGGGGGGCCUUGACCUCAUCUUCAUGCCGGGCCUUGGGUUCGACAGGCACGGCCACCGGCUGGGCAGGGGCAAGGGCUACUACGACACCUACCUACAACGCUGCCUGCAGCAGGGCGGGAAGCCCUACACCAUUGCCCUGGCUUUCCGAGAGCAGAUCUGCCCACAGGUGCCAGUGGACAACAGCGACGUGAGCGUGGAUGAGGUCCUCUAUGAGGACUCUGCAGCCUCCCUGGAGUCUUGACCACACGGCUGCAUCUCCCGUGCUGUGGCAGAUCAGAGUGAGUCACGCAUAGCUGCCCCUUUUCCCUCAGGAGCUGAAAUCACAGUCACGUGGAUGCAGACGACGUGGCUAUUCAUGCCAUUCCAAGGUCCCUGUCUUCAAAACUCGGACGUGUGGGGGCAGGCACUGGCUCCAGUGCUUAGGAUGCUGACGAAGGUGUGUCUGCAUCUCAUGUCAGUGCCUGGAUUCCACACCCAUCUCUGGCAUCUCCACAUCCAGCUCCUGAUGAUGCAGGCCCUGGGAGAGUGGGUUCAAGGUCUUGGGUUCUGCUACUCUUUUGGGAGAUCUGUGAUGAGUUUCUGGCUCCUCACUCUAGCCCUGGGCCAUCUGUGGCUGUUGCAGGUAUUUGAGGAGUGAAUUAGCCAAUGGGAAAUACCUUCCACCCCCUUUCUCUUUUUCUCUGACUCUGUGGCUCAUAAAUAAAUAAAUAAAUAAAUAAAUAAAUAAAUAAAUAAAUAAA